CAUUUACUCUUAGAAAUAGCACUACCGAAUAUCGAUCAAUGGUAAAAUUCUCGCUUAGAUAAACUAUUAAAGGAAAUAGGUAAAAAUAAUUUUAAAUAGACAAAAGCAAAGAAAACAACUUUACGUAAUUAAUACUUUUAUUCAUAAAGCAAACUUAAAUAUAAAAUAUAUUAUAUUCUGAAAAAAUAUAAAUGGGCCUAUUAACUUAUUAAAGAUUUCCACGUAAAAUUAUAUGUAAAAACGUUUUAAAAGCUGUUUCCUUUAUUUAUUCCAGCUAAAAAAAGAAUUUUAUACCUAAUCAAUAAGUAUUUAUUGAAGAUGGAAGAUCGUAGAAUUUUUUCGCUUCUUAACAUUAUUCUAUUUUGUAUGCCGGCUUUAAACGCUCGAAUUCAUCAUCCUGUAACAGUUGAUACUGUUUUAUUUGAUCCGAAGAAGGGUGUUGAAAUUUUGGAAGCAUCCAACUUUACUGAAGUUGUUUUUAACUCCAAAUUUAAUCGUGUUGUCGUCUUCUAUCAGGCGACCUGUGGAACUUGUAAGAAAUUUGCUCCAGUUUUCCAAAAGUUAUCAGAUUAUUGCAAAGAAUGGGAUCAGCUAGUUAAAUUUAGUUCGGUUGCUUGUUCUAAUAUAAAAAAUAAGCCUAUAUGUCAACGUUUUGGAAUUGUGAGAGUGCCGACACUCCUCUUCUUUCAUAAAGAUUUUUCCGGAAAAGAGAAACCUAUAGAUAUUCAAUCAGGUAAAGAUGUCAUGCUGGGAAAUAUUGCUAGGUCAUUGGCGAAUUACUAUCAGAGAAAGCAGGAUUCGUUAUCCGACUGGCCAAAUCUAUUACCUUUAAAGAAUGACGAAUUUCGUAACGAAUGUAAGAAGCAUCCUAAAAUGUUUAUUAUCAUUACUAAUGAUCAAUCGGAAAAGAGAGUUGGUCCUCUAGCUGUGCUAAAUAGCGUCAAGAUGAAAAAUGCUCACGUUAGAUGGAUGCAUGACUAUGAUGCACAAUUCCUUAAAUUUGAAAAUCAUCCCAGUUUAUUACAAACAAAUACUGAUUGUACUGAAACUACUUUACUAUCAUCGAAGCAGAGAAACGAUUUUAAUAAACUGAUAGCCGAUAAAGUUGAUUAUAAGACAGAUAAUUUAUUUGCACCUAUUGACGGAAAGAUAAUUAUGGAACCCUCAAAAAAGCCAGUUAUUGGCAAGCCGAUCAUCCCAAAUGGUCUACAUGAACAAGAUUUAGAGUCGAGCUUGUAUCAUACACUUUGGCAAGAAAUUUCCAGGCUGAAACACUUAAAUGCAUCUAGCCUUAAUAUUGCUAAGAGAUAUAUAAAAAGUUUAAUGUAUGUUCCUUACCGUAAACAAGUAUUAAAAUUUUUGGGCGAAAUUGAUUCAGAACUAAGCGAAUAUUCUACCAUUUCUACGGAUCACUUUACUCAAAUUCUUGAAAAAAAUCUUCACUCUAAAUCAUACGUUCCAAAAAGAAUAGUUUGGGCAGGAUGCUCUGGAAGCAAACCUGAAUUUAGAGGAUAUCCUUGUUCUUUAUGGAUGACCUUUCACGCUAUGACGAUUGGAGGUUUAAAUAAGACGGAUGUUGCACAAAUUGUGAGAAAUAUACGAGAUUACGUUGUAAACUUUUUCUCUUGUACAAAGUGCGCCCAAAAUUUUGAGAAGGAAACAGCAGACUUGGAUAAAUCUAUUGGUAAGACUGAUAAAGAUGCAGUACUCUACUUAUGGAGAAUUCAUAACCACGUUAAUGAGAGAUUAAGUAAAGAAAAAGAUUCUCUAGUGGAUCCACGACAUCCUAAACUUCAAUUCCCUGGCAAAACACUGUGCAAAGAAUGCCGUAUUGAUGACAAUGCUGAUACUUUUAAAGAAGAUGUAGUAUUUAAUUUUUUGCAAGACUUCUAUGGAGAAGUCAUUAGUAACAGAGCAUCAAUUAACUACGGAAAAGCAACUAAUAACAAAGCAUCAUUUAAUACGGCAUGGUUUACAAACAUACUUGGCGUAAUCGUACUACUUUUCUUAACCAAUCUUUAG